AAUUAAAGAAAAAUAAACGGUCAUAUUCCAAAACUAAACCUCAGCGACAACCCCUCCCUCAAAGCUUCUCAGCUGUGUGUCCCAGCAGCUUCACAUGCAACAAUGGCGGACUCAAAGUCUAAGAAGUCAUCAAAGAACAACAAGGAAGAUAUAGUGCAUCUCAAGUCUGACAUAGCUUCCUUUGCUUCUUCACUCGGCUUGUCAUCCUCUCUCCCAUCUUCAGGUUUCAACGAUGUCGAUUUUCGCAAAACCGGUUCUCUCAAUGCUGAUAAACCCCAUAAGAAGCAAAAGCAAGUUCCUGAAUCCAAACCCACCAAAUCCCAGAACCAAAAGAACCAGAAUUUCAAACCCAGUGAGAAACCCGAGCCUAAACCCCCUGUUCUAUCACUUGAAGAUAAUAGCAGUAACAAGGCAAAGGGGUAUGAUAAAUUCAAGAACCUACCGAAACUUCCGUUGAUGAAAGCUAGUGGGCUGGGAGUAUGGUAUAUGGAUGCUGAGGAAUUGGAAGCAAACGUGGUGGGGAAGGAGAAGAGGGUGGAAGUGAGGAACGUGGAGGAGUGGAAGAGUGUCGUGGAGAAGAAGAGACAGCUUGGGGAGAGGUUGAUGGCGCAGUACGCUCAGGAUUAUGAGUCGUCAAGAGGGCAGAGUGGCGAUAUCAAGAUGUUGAUUUCUACUCAGAGGUCUGGAACUGCAGCAGAUAAGGUCUCAGCGUUUUCAGUUUUGGUGGGGGAUAAUCCCAUUGCCAAUUUGAGGUCCCUUGAUGCACUUCUGGGAAUGGUGACAUCAAAAGUGGGAAAGCGACAUGCAUUGACAGGAUUCGAAGCUUUAAAAGAACUGUUUCUCUCAAGUUUGUUACCUGAUCGUAAACUUAAGGGCCUGUUACAGCGGCCAUUAAAUCAUAUUCCUGAGACAAAAGAUGGCUAUUCACUCCUGCUCUUUUGGUAUUGGGAGGAGUGCUUGAAACAAAGGUAUGAACGAUUUGUUUUUGCACUUGAGGAAGCUUCAAGAGACGUGUUACCUAUACUUAAACACAAGGCAUUGAAGACUAUAUAUUCACUGCUGAAGAGUAAAUCAGAGCAAGAGCGCAGAUUACUCUCUGCAUUAGUUAAUAAACUUGGAGAUCCAGAAAGUAAGAGUGCUUCAAAUGCUGAUUUCCACUUAUCAAACCUUUUGUCUGAACAUCCAAAUAUGAAGGUUGUGGUAAUUGAUGAGGUGGAUGCUUUUCUCUUUCGGCCUCAUUUGGGAUUACGAGCGAAGUAUCAUGCUGUUAACUUUUUGAGCCAAAUUCAACUUAGCCACAAAGGAGAUGGACCAAAAGUUGCAAAACGUUUAAUAGAUGUGUAUUUUGCACUUUUUAAGGUUCUUAUUACAGAGGCAGGCGAUGAUCACGAGAUGAAUAAAAAUGACAAAGAAGGGAAAACAACAGCUUCCAGUUCUCUUAAGGAUAAUAAAUUGAAGAGUUCAUCAGAAUCUCAUGUUGAAUUGGAUUCACGUCUUCUAUCAGCUCUUUUAACCGGAGUCAAUAGAGCAUUUCCAUUUGUCUCAAGCAGUGAGGCUGAUGACAUUGUCGAGGUCCAAACACCAAUGUUAUUCCAACUGGUGCACUCAAGCAAUUUUAAUGUAGCAGUUCAAGCGUUAAUGCUUCUUAAUAAAAUCUCAUCUAAGAAUCAGAUUGUUAGCGACAGGUUUUAUCGGGCCUUGUAUGCGAAACUACUUCUCCCUGCUUCCAUGAAUUCUUCCAAGGCAGAGAUGUUCAUCGGACUUCUUCUGAGAUCGAUGAAAAGUGAUGUGAAUUUAAAGCGUGUGGCUGCAUUUGCUAAACGUCUGAUGCAGGUUGCCCUUCAGCAGCCACCUCAAUAUGCAUGUGGAUGCCUUUUCCUUCUCUCUGAAGUUCUUAAAGCAAGGCCACCUUUAUGGAAUAUGGUGCUCCAGAACGAGUCAGCUGAUGAGGAAUUAGAACAUUUUGAAGAUAUUGUAGAAGAAACUGAUAAUGUACAAACCUCUGCUGCAGACAAGCUAGAAGAUAAUGCCAGGUCUGUCCAGAGCAGUGGUACUGCUAACAUUGACAGCGAUUCUUCAGAAGAUGACAAUGACAAUCCAGCCUCUAAUUCUGAUGAUGAAGUUCCUGACAAAGCAGAGAAAUUAUUUGUGAUGAACGGUCCAAAUGAUGCUGACAAAUCCAAAACAUUUUCUAGUUCUAGUGUGCAGCAAUCUGAAGCAUCGUCAAAGAAGUCUCAGCUGCCUGGAGGGUACAAUCCAAGGCAUAGAGAGCCUUCUUUCUGCAAUGCAGAUCAUGUAAGCUGGUGGGAGCUGGCGGUACUUGCUUCACAUGUGCAUCCAUCAGUUUCUACCAUGGCAAAGACCCUUCUUUCUGGGGCUAACAUUGUCUACAAUGGAAACCCAUUAAACGAUCUGUCACUUGCUGCUUUUCUAGACAAGUUCAUGGACAAGAAACCUAAGGCAAGCACAUGGCAUGGUGGUUCACAAAUUGAACCUGCCAAAAAGCUUGACAUGAGCAACCGUUUGAUUGGGCCAGAGAUUCUUUCAUUAGCUGAAGUAGAUGUACCCCCCGAAGAUCUUGUUUUCCACAAGUUUUAUAUGAAUAAAAUGAAUUCCUCAAAGAAACCGAAGAAGAAGAAAAAGAAAAGAGCAGAAGAUGAGGCUGCUGAAGAGCUUUUUGAAGUGGAUGGUGGUGAUGAUGAGAGUGAUAAUGAAGAAAUCGAGAAUCUGUUGGACUCUUCUCAUCUUUCGAUGAAAGCAGAUGGUGACUAUGAUUACGAUGAUCUUGACAAAGUUGCUGAUGAAGAUGAUGAAGACUUGAUCGGUGAUAUCAGUGAUGCAGAGAUGGACAUGCACUCAGAUGCUGCUGAAGGAGAAGAUUUUGAUGCCAUUGCUAAUGAGGAUCUCAGCGCCGAUGAAGAUGAACAUAUAGAUAUAGGCGAUUUAGACGAUGAUGGUGAUGAAGAGGAUGAUAGUUUUGACCAAAAGAAAAGAAAACGGAACAGUAAGAAGGCCGGAGCAUCCCCCUUUGCAAGUCUUGAAGAUUAUGAGCAUUUGCUAAAUGAGGAUAUUUCUACCGACAAGGAAGCGGCCAGAAAGAAGCCAAAGUCACGAAAGAAGGGAAAAUCCCCCGAGAAGCCAAAGUCGCGAAAGAAAAGAAAGUCAUCUCGAUAAGGUGAUGUUUGAUAUGGCUCUUUUCAAAAGCUGAUGUUGGUUAGCAGGGUUUCAAAGCUGGCUUUGCAAAUAUAUCCUUUUUGUUUUUUGGUAUCCUGCUCGAGGACAUUUCAGUUGUAUGUUUUUAUAAGCCUAAAAAACCUCAGAGAACGUUUAUUCAACCUUGUCGGUCAAUUUUGUGGAAUGCCAAACUCUUUAACGAAAUAUGGUAUAAUUUGAGCUGGAAUCAACUUCGUGUA